GAGCCUCGCCGCUGCGUCGAGCCUCGCCGCCAACUUAUUGCGAAGUCAGUACAGCCCGUCGCCUGGAGAACAUAACCCCCCUCCCCCCGCCAUCGCGCCCGCUCGCUUCGCAGCCCAUUGAGGGCAAAAUCCUAUCAUCACCACCGCCAUGUCUCUCGUCAACCUAGCACACGUGUGCUCGCACAUGCAAAAUGCAUCCAAAGCCAGACUCGGGCUGACGUCAAUACCCGUCUCUAAAAUGCACGUCAAAAUUGCGCUGGGCCUACAGCGUGAAGGCUUCCUCUCUUCUGUCACACUCGGCGGACCCACACCACCAAAGCCUUUUCUCCUACAAGCACAACAGGAUCCUGAGCAAUUAGAGCAUAUGGCGCAAAAGCUCAAAGAUGAGCCUUGGCUUGCCUACCCAAUCAAGACUCCACGAGGCCAGAAAGAGCAGGCGCCACUCGGUCACGAGCAGGUCCACGACGUACACGUACCAGAGAACCCGGCGCGGAGGAGAUUAUGGCUGGGACUAAAGUACUGGCAGAACGAGCCGGUGCUGACCAACAUGAAGCUGAUUUCAAAGCCCAUACGGCGGAUAUGGCUGACGAGCGAGGAUCUGGGCAAGAUUACACGAACGCGCGAGUCGAGCUACGUAAAGGGACUUACGCAUCCUGGCGAGUGCAUGUUUGUCACGACAGAUCGGGGCAUCCUAGAGGCAAGAGAGUGUGUGGAGCGGCAAUUGGGAGGCAUGGCUCUUUUCAGAGUGUGGUAGCAGCAGUAUCACUGUACUAUGUAUUUUGUAAGAGGUCUUUGCACCGGUAUCACGAGAAAGAGGAAUUGCAUAAAUGGGAGCAGGGCGGGCAUGGAAUCCGCGCACCAUGCAUUUGUACAAAAGAAGACAUCAACUACAUUCUCAUACCACAAGUCUUCAAGCCGUUUUUGUAACCAUAGGAAACGCCUUGCUGGUCAUGCCCAAAGCUCUUCAGAGGCCCUAUGGGAAAGAGUUGCUUGUGUGAUGUUAGCUCACUAGCGUGGUGGUCGGGCUGCAGCGGUGUAGGGCGUGUCAGGGACUCAGGGUCGAUGCGAGU